GUUUUUUUUUGUCACACAACUGAUCGGUCGGACAACAAUAAAUUCGAAUAUCGAAAUUUUAAUUUGUGAAAACUUUUUUUUUCAAAUUCGAAUUUCAUCGAAUUAAUUGUCAAAUUAAAUUGAAAAUGACCAAAUUAAAAUUUAAAACAAUGAAUGUUGUAAACAAAUCAUCCGCAAAUGAAUUGGAUCGUUUGGCAUUAGUGGAAAAUAUGUCUUCAACUCAAACUAUACAUAAUCUUCUUAAUGAACUUAAUCAUUAUGGUACAAUGGUUAAUGAAUGUUCUAAGAAAAAAUCUUCGCUCAUCGAAAAGCUUCAAAAUGAAUUUGAUCAAAUUAAUGAAAUAAGUAAAAUUCCAGUAUUAAAUGAAUAUUUUCAAUUACUAUUCAAUCUUGAAUUAUGUCAACAAAAAAUUGAACGAUAUGAAAUGGAAAUAUCAGAUAUUUCAUCCGAAUUGUAUAUGACACAGCUUAUAAUUGUUAAUAUGUUAGAAAUUGAACAACAAACUCAAAUGCUUGCUAAUAGUAAACGAAAUUCGUCAUCCAAAUCAUCUUUAGAUUUUAAGAAAAAUGUGGCCAAAAAAAUCAAUAAAAAAUCGAAACAAAAUUCAAUCUUAAAUAAUGAU